AAAACGCAACCGGGUGAGGGAGCGCUUCCGCUCGGAGAGAGCUGGCCGGGUUGAGGCGCCGGCUUCCCCGGGUCUUCUCCAGCUGCCACCGCUUUACUGCAAAACUGACGGGCGCAAAAACAUGAGUGACUCCGCGGGAGGGCGCGCUGGUCUCCGGCGUUACCCCAAGCUCCCAGUGUGGGUGGUGGAGGAUCAUCAGGAGGUUCUACCCUUUAUAUACCGGGCCAUAGGCUCAAAGCAUCUUCCUGCCAGUAAUGUAAGUUUUUUACAUUUCGACUCACAUCCAGACCUCCUUAUUCCUGUGAAUAUGCCAGCGGACACCGUGUUUGAUAAGGAAACACUCUUUGGAGAAUUAAGUAUUGAAAAUUGGAUUAUGCCUGCAGUUUAUGCUGGCCAUUUUUCACAUGUAAUAUGGUUUCAUCCCACAUGGGCUCAGCAAAUCAGAGAGGGCAGACACCACUUUUUAGUAGGCAAAGACACUUCUACCACAACAAUCAGGGUUACAAGUGCAGAUCAUUACUUCCUAAGUGAUGGUCUGUAUGUACCUGAAGACCAGCUAGAGAACCAAAAACCUUUACAGUUGGAUGUAAUUAUGGUAAAACCUUAUAAACUCUGUAACAAUCAAGAAGAAAACGAUGCAGUGUCUUCUGCUAAGAAACCAAAGCUAGCCCUGGAAGAUUCGGAAAACACUGCCUCUACUAACUGUGACUCUUCUUCAGAAGGACUGGAAAAGGACACAGCAACACAGAGAAGUGACCAGACUUGCCUAGAACCAUCAUGUUCAUGUUCUUCUGAAAAUCAGGAAUGCCAGACUGCUGCCAGCACUGGGGAAAUUCUGGAAAUUUUGAAGAAAGGGAAGGCAUUUGUUUUAGAUAUUGACUUGGAUUUUUUUUCAGUCAAAAAUCCCUUCAAAGAAAUGUUCACUCAGGAAGAGUACAAAAUCUUACAAGAGCUGUACCAAUUUAAGAAACCUGGCACCAACCUAACAGAGGAAGAUUUGGUAGAUAUUGUUGAUACUCGAAUUCAUCAAUUAGAGGAUUUAGAAGCCACUUUCGCUGAUUUGUGUGAUGGUGAUGAUGAAGAAACGGUACAGAGAUGGGCUUCAAACCCUGGAAUGGAAUCACUAGUUCCCCUUGUACAGAGUUUGAAAAAACGGAUGGAAGUACCAGACUAUGAAAUGGUUCACCAGGCUGGUUUAACCUGCGAUUAUUCAGAACUUCCUCACCAUAUCAGCACAGAACAAGAAAUAGAGUGUCUUAUUCAAUCUGUGCAUUAUUUACUGAAAAAUUUACCAAAUCCUACUCUUGUGACAAUUGCAAGGUCAAGUCUGGAUGAUUACUGUCCUUCUGACCAAGUUGACACUAUUCAAGAAAAGGUCCUCAAUAUGCUACGUGCCCUCUAUGGAAAUCUAGACCUCCAAGUGUAUGCAGCAGAGUCUCCUCCAUCUUGAAACAAACAAAACAUUAGGCUCCUGUUGUACCUUGGUUUAGUAACAGGCCUUUAAUUAACUUAUUUGUAAAUGAGUCUUCCAGAGAACACUGUUUUAUAUUAACUUUCAGUUGAAAUCCUUCAGAUAUUUUGAAUCUCUAAACAACCAUUGUCAGUUGUGGAAUGAUGGUAAAUUUUUUGGCAUCAAGUCUAAUAACCCCAACUGAUAGAACUGUUGCUUAUCUGUCUUCCUUAAGUAUUUUUUAGGGUUUUGUUUGUUUGUUUGUUUGUUUGUUUGUUUUCACUUUUCCUCCAGGUCUAUUGGGCUGUAUGAGAUUCAUUCAUACUUCAUUUAUUCAUUCAACUAAUAUUUAUUGAACACUUACAUGUACCAGACAUUAUUAAGUGCUGGGUAUAUGGUAAUGAACGGAAUAGACAAGGCCCCUGCCCUUUUAGGGGAGACAGAUGAGAAGUAAAUUACAGGUUAUGAGAAAUGUUAUGAAGGAAAGGAUAACAACAUACAUGUCUUAGUACUUAGGGUAUCAUGGCUUUAUAGGAAAGUAACAUUCUCUCUCUUUUUUUUUUUUUUAAUUUUAUAAAAAUAGAGAUGGGGUCUCACCAUGUUACCCAGGCUGGUCUCAAACUCCUAGGCACAAGCAAUCCACCUGCCUUCGCCUCCCGAAGUGCUGGGAUUACAGGUGUGAGUCACUGCCCCAGCCAGAAACUAACAUUCUCAAAAGCUACUACCAAAAAAACCCCACAAAUUUGCCAAUCCAUGAAAGUAUCAUAAGAAGUCUACCUUUCCAAGGAAUUUGGCAUUGUGGCCCUGCUCUUGCCAAAUGCUCUCCAGCAUUGUUGGUAUCAAGGUGGUCUGGUUGAGUAAACUUGACCAAACAAAAAUUAACUGUUUUUUGCUUUUCUGUUUUUGUUUUGCUGAUCAAAAAAGCCCUUCAGGGUCUUUUGUGCCUCCAGGAGGUCGUUGUAGAUAUCAGUAAUAUAGUGCCUAAGUGCCACUUUAUUGGCAAGUCUAGAUUGAUACUUUUUUCAGAUAAACCAGCUUUUUAUGUAAAGAGUAAGGGAAAAAGUUAAAUCUUUAAUUCUGACCUGCCAUAAAUACCCAAAGAUAUAAACUGUUUUCCACCACCCCCUUCAUAACUAAGACAUCCUUCCUGAGUCACUCUUAAUCAUGAAACUUGAUUUUCUCAAUUGGCCAGUCUUCUGAUCUUUAGUAUCUCUUUAUUUCAGUAAUUUUUACCUACCUACUUGAUUUAUUUUCCUUUAAAAGGUGAAAUGACGUUUAAAGAAAAACAAACACCCAUCAUUCCUCAGUCCCAACACAGCAGUUCUUUUCACUCUUGCUUGUAACUUUCAGGCCUUACCCACAUGUGUUCCUAUAGAGUUGCAUGUAGCUAAAAUUAUAGUGUGCUGCCUAACUUUGUGCUAAUAACCAAGGACACACAUUAUCAUUGCCUCUCAGUGGAUGGCACCUGACCCCAUUUUUCCAAGGAUUCUAUUUUCCAGUGAAUUUUUGUCACCGAGUUAAUUUCCCAAGUCUGAUAGCAUGAAUGCUUAUUUGUGCUGUGAAAAGCAGAGCAGCCUGACUCAGCUUUCCAUUUUCAUAGGAUAAUAUGUGCCAAAAAAGGUUUAUUUUCUUGGUAAAAUCAGAAUUGUAGAAUUGUGCUAUUUUUAAUUUUUAAAAUUUUUGGUUAGAGCUUAUAGACAUUACUUUUAUGAUUAUUUUGCGUGCUAAAUAAGUUAAAGGGUAUGUUUUGAACUAUAGCACUAAUUAAUGUGUGAUCUUAGUAUGUUGAUAGCUUUGAUUUUGUGAGUGGUUUACUAGUCAUUUAUUAUGAUUCCCAUGAACUCUGAUAUGAUUCAUUGUGGUUUUAACUCAGGUUGAAUAAAAGCAUCCAUUUCUUUUA